AUGGGAGACAACAAUAAGUAUCUAGUACAAACGCAGCCAUACGUGAAAUUGAUGCUACAUGCUGCUAAAUGGCCUGCAAAUUCCAUCUGCGGUGUUUUAUUAGGUCAAGAAAAAGGACAAAGCUUUUUGAUUGUAGACGCUGUACCACUUUUUCACCAUGAGACACCGCUUACGCCGCUAGUGGAGGUGGCAUGUGCAAUGGUAGACACGUAUUGUCAAAAGAGCUUAAAGUUAAAGAUUGUAGGCUUUUAUUAUGCCGAAAAUGGGUCCUUUUCGUCUAAUUGUGAGAAUAAACUGAGUCAUUUUACAGAAAAAGUCGCUGAUAGAGUGGAACAAAAUUGUUCACGAGCUUGUGUAUUGGUGGUAAAUAAGAAUCAGCUUCAACAUAAUACAACGAGUGGACUACAAUUGCUACUUAAGGACGUCAAACGUGGCUGGACGCGAGUUGAAAAUCGUUUGACAGUUGUAGACGAAGCUGCAACGAUAUUGACAAAAGGACUUGAGCAAACGAGCGAAACGGAUGUGGUGGAUUUUGAAGAACAUUUGGAAGAUCCGAGGAAAGAUUGGCGAAAUUUGCACAUUGUGGACCUGCUCAAGCUCAAUGUAUCAAGUCUGGAACAAAUCACAUGA